AUGUAUGCACUUCUUGCAGCUGAAUCGGAAGAUAUAAUUAAUAAAUUGUUUAAUAAUAUUCAAAUGGCUGAUGAAAAUACUUCUGAUUGGAUCGAAUUUUACCGUCAAAAAUGGGUGAUUGCGUCAUUAAACAAAUGGGACGCAAGAAAGAUUGCACGAAGUGUGCAGUCAAAUAAACGUAAAGGCAAUAAUAUUACAUAUCAAAAUACCAGAAAUAAAAGUUUUAAAGAAAAAGAACAAAAAACCAUUGCAAUUGAUACCGAUGUUGAAGAAGAUUGUUGUGAAGAUGAUAAUUAUGAAAAAAAUAAUCAUAAUAAAGAGAACGAGUUGACUUUAAGGGUUAAAGAGCUUGAAUAUCGUGAAAAUGAUUUAGCAUCAAAAGAAAGAGAAAUUGUAUUAAGGGAACGUGAAGCUAAAUUCGUGAAAUGGAAUUAUAUAAUUGUGAAAAAGAGCGUCAAUUAA